UGCCACCAACUUCAACGAGGCAUUCAUCAACGAGGACAAGCAGGCGAUAUGUCACUGACGAGGCUGGGAGCGCUCAGCUUCGCAUCGGCAUCGCGGUCUGUCUUCGUACGCUUACCGCGGACCUACCCGCGGACGAUCCUGCAUACGCUUGCAGUGAUAUCACAUGUAGCGAGAGAGGCAGCUGAGAUGCAGCGACCCUCGAGUCACUCCGUAGAGGUUGCCCCUCCUCCUCUCAGGAUAGAGCAGGCCGACUUUGCCAGGGACCCCUGGCAACGCGCUCUCCUCAAUUACGGCUUCAUCCAAUUCGCCUCACCCACACAGGCACAAGCAGCCCUCAAUCUGCCCUACAAAAAGCACGAAGUACCUCUUCCUCCCAUCUCUCCCACGUCUUCCUCCUUUAUAGCGUCCGCCUUUGCCACGGCAAAGAGGCCAGAAGGACCGCUGGAAAAAGUUUUGCGCAAAUCUGCGCCGGAUGACAGUCUGAGGCAGGAGGAGGAGAGGGAGAUCGAGUACGCAGGGCUGAGGGAUGUGGCACCUUACCUGGGCUUGGAGCUACCGCCUUUCAUGUUAGAGAACGUCUCAGAGGGGACACCAGCGGAUGUGCUCCCCAGCCAAUUCGCUCAGAUUGAAAUCAAGAGGAGGGAGAGAGGUAACGCUUCGAGCAAAGAGGGCUGGCGGGACAGGUCCGGCGCCAGUCGCCGCCACAAGGAAGCCUUCAAGAGUUGGCAGGGCUUCUCACAGAUUAGGCGUGGGGCAAAGGAUCAGUCGGACAAGGGCGAGAGUGACAGAGUUGAAUAGUCCACAGCUACCGGCAGCAGUAAAAUGUAUUAUAUACGAACAAUGUAAUGUAUACCACGUCCAUCCCAC